CUCAAACCCUAGUUCCCUUUUUUUCGCCUUUUUGUUUGAUUUUUCAUUUUUUUUUUUAAUAUUGUUCUUCGAUUUCCUUUCCCUCCCUUUUUCUCGUGUUCCUUAUCUUCGAUCCCAAGUCGAGGGGUUCGCCGUCCGGCGAGGGUCUUCUCCGAAGGGUUUUGUUUCGGGGGCGAUCCCAACGGAGUUUGGUUGCGCGGGUCGAAUCGGUUAAUUCCUCGACGGUUUCGAUGGGUGAUGGUAGUGCCGUUGGAUGAUAAUUGAGCUGCAGGGAGGCGUUUGGAAGGAUUAGUUGGGUCGGGAAUGAUGUCUGAGCGAAGGUAACGUGAUUGGAUUGAAGCUGGCUACGCGUUGAUUGGAUAUGGAUUGUUCGUCGAAUGAAGGUGUUGGGUCCGAGCAGAGAGAAGAGGUUCCCGAUGGUGUGGGAAGUAUAUCGGGUCGCUUGGGGGAGGUUUCGGAGGCGGUCGGCGGGGUAGAUUCUUCACCCGGGUCGAGAAACGAUGGCGGCGAAGGGGUUUCUUUCGAGAGCCACGACGAAGGGAACAUGCAGUUGCAGUCGUCAGGCACUGUGGAUCCGAUGCCUCUUGACGAGUUACUGCCGGAGAAUCUAAUGAUGGAGGUAAGCUCAUCGGACCAGGGUGAUAGGAUGGAGCCCUCUGUAAAACCCCUAAAGGUGUCUUCAGCCAACAAUCUGAGCGAGCCAGUUGCAGUGAAGGAAGAGGAGUCUGUGGAUGGUUCGGGGGGCACUAAGAGUAGUCUGGACUGGCAGUCCAAAAACGCCGGCGGUGAGGGUAUGUUGUGGGAUGAGGGGGUUACAGUGCGUCAGUCUGUACGAGGUGAAAGGAAUGUGGAGGUGGCCGCUUCAAACAAUUAUGUUAAAGAAAAUGUCUCAUCAAAAGGGGAUGGUAAAAGGGAACGUCUUAUGGAGGAAGGAGCAGGAAGAGAACAAGUUUCCAGUGCGAGUAAUUUUGGUCAAGAUUUCCUACUAGGGGAAUCGGGGGAGGAUAUGGAUGAAAAAUUGCAGUCCAUUAAAUGUGAAGUUGAUGUGGAGAAUGAGCGUCGCCUGAGUGAUCAACAUCAAGAAGUUACGGUGCUGGAGUUGAAAAGACGUACCGGAAUGGUGGAUAUUGUCGAAACGUCUGUCGAAACUGGGAUCAUGGAGAAUUAUAACCAGAAGAACCUAGCACCACCGGGGAUCGUGAAGAAAGUAGAUCAAGAGUUCCACUCUGAAAACAAGGAGAAUGUCACCUAUAGAGCUAGUUCAGAAAUGUCGAAGGCUAUGGAACAUAAGUAUUUCUCAGGCAAUAAGCGGGGCCGUGAUUAUGACGAACAAGAAGAAAUGGUGAACGAUCGUCCUUUAAAUCACCACAGUUUCCAGCCUGGAGACAUGGUCUGGGGGAAGGUUAAAUCCCAUCCCUGGUGGCCUGGGCAUGUCUUUUGUGAAACAUUUGCAUCUGCACCCGUCAGGCGAACUAAGAGAGAAGGCUAUCUCUUGGUUGCGUUUUUUGGCGAUAGCAGUUAUGGUUGGUUUGAUCCUGAUGAGCUAGUACCUUUUGAACCACAUUUUGCAGAAAAAUCAAAACAAACUAGUUCUAGGAACUUUAUGAGAGCGGUUGAGGAGGCUGUUGAUGAAGCAUGCAGGCGAUGUGCUCUGGGUCUGGCUUGCUGCUGUCGAAAUCCAAACAUGUUUCGUCCUUCCCAUGUUGAAGGAUAUUUUGCAGUGGACGUUGUAGAUUACGAAGCUGGUGGAGUUUAUUCAGAGAGACAAAUAAAGGAAGCUAGAGAUAACUUUAAGCCAGUAGAGUGCCUUUCCUUUGUGCAGCAAUUGGCACUUACGCCAAGAUCCACUGAUCACCAAAGUCUCGGUAGUAUAAAAAGCAUUGCUACAGUUCUUUCAUAUAGAAGGGCUGUUUUCAUCGAGUUUGAUGAAACUUAUGCACAAGCAUUUGGAGUUGAUCCUGUGCGCCCUUCACAAGUCUCAGUAGAUUCACGCUACGAACCUGUGAGGGUGGCUAGAGCUCCCCUCAGUGGGCCUUUGGUGAUUGCUGAAGCUCUAACUCACAAGAGUAGGUCUUUAAAGCCUGCCAAAACGAAGAUCUCGAAGAAGGAUAAGUACUUAUUCAAGAGAAGGGAUGAACCAAAUAAUAAGAAACUUCUCUUUGAGGAGGAAUCUGUUUCUCAGCAUUCUGAAGAGGAAAUGCAAAAUUCACAUUCUUCUGGAGUGGAGAACUUCAUUUUCCAACAGAGGCUUCCAUCUCUCAAGGAGAAGCAACGCACCUUUCUACCAAAGAGUGAUCAGAAGAAGCAACUUGCACUUGAAGAACCUGUUAUAGAGACAAAGCCUGGUGUUAGUGUGGCAGGUGUUGACCAAGCGACGACCGGUGUGCCUGACAAGGCAAUGGCAGGAGCGGAGCAGCCCCCGUCAGUAGGUACGUCAGAUGGAUGGAAGGUUGACUCCGUUGGUGGCAUGAAGGCAACAGCAAAGAAGAAGAAACUUCUGCAUGCAGAGAAAAUACCGUCUUCGAUCAAGUUAAAACAUAAGCUAUCUGAAAAGAAGCACAGCACUGAAUCCCCGGUCAGCCUGGGAGAUGUGAAUAGUCGUGAAAGCAAGACUAUUAAAAAGCACAAAGUAAGUGGUAUCCUGAAAACAUCAGUCAAGAAGCAGCGCCUGGCUGAGUUGCCAAAAAGGUCCGCUGCUGGUUCAGAUAUUCCAUUUUCAGAUGCACGCUAUCAACUGGAGGGUCAAGCAGAACUUGUCCAGAUCGUUGAUGUUCAGGCAUCUGGUAGGUCUGGGAUUUCCACUCAACCGAACAGCUUUGAAACAGAGCAAUCUGGUGCAGUUCUGGGCAGUUUGGGGUUUGCAGAAAUGGAGAAAGCAAACUCUCUUAAGCGAUUAUUGACAGAAAAUUCCAAGGAUAGCGGCUCUGGCUCUGUGUGUGGUGUUGCAGGCGAUAUAAAGAAGAAAAAGAAGAAGAAGAAACCUAAACCUUUGGAAACUGAGCAAAAUCAUUUGCAGAAGCAUGCAGAGUUCCAUCGCAGCAGCAUAUCACCUGAAAAAGCGGCUAAAUUAAACUCGGGGCUGUUGGAAAAUUCACUGAUGCCACAGGAUCUGCAUGGGAAUGAUGAAAAUGCUGGCCGUGAUGGACUGUCUGUUAAGUCAAGUGCUUCCUUUAAGGCUGAAACGGGGUACACUGAGCAGUUAAGUCUGCGCCAGUUGGUCAAUGAUCUGUUAUUUCUGGCCUUGGAUCCAUUCCAUGGGAUUGAUCGAAAUGCACCGGCAAAUUCCCGGCUGGUAUUUCUUAGGUUCCGUUCCAUAGUUUAUCUGAAGGAAACACCAGGUAGCGCUGAAGCCCCAGACAGAUCAGAUAGACAUGCAACUGGUAAAGCAAUGCCUGAUUCUGGUGUUGCAGAUGUUUCCAUUUCUGGCGAGGAAGGCAUGGUUGGUAGGAAUCAGUCUUCUAGUUUGAAGACACAGGCAAACAAAGUUGAUGAUAUAAAGCCUCCUCGGAAACGGAGUGUUGAACAGUCUGAUGAUGUACCAGCAAAGAAAUUCAAGAAAUCUCUCGAUCCGAAGGCUGCUGCAUCGGACCGGAAACCCGUCCAGAAGGUGCCAGAAGGGCCACAAGGUGAAAAGAAAGAUGCCAGUGCUGCCAUGCCAGUGAAAUCCAGCAAGCAAGACCCUGGCCGGAAGCCACCCGCACCAGCACCACGGGUGUCUGAGCCGACGGCUGUCAACUUGAAGUUCCCCUUAGGAUCAUCCUUACCAUCGGAGGCACAACUGAAAGCUAGAUUUGCUAGAUUUGGGCCUUUAGAUCUUACUGGUACGCGGGUCUACUACCGGUCUGCCACCUGCCGGGUAGUAUUCAAGUACAAAUCUGAUGCACGGGCUGCUUACGAUCAUGUAACAAAGAGCGGAAUCUUCGGCCAGGGAGUGCGGUACAGUCUGAAGGAGAUGAACUCUUCCAAGAACGAGUCAGGCACAUCUUCGGAGAUAGAUGCCGGGAGGCGCCGAUCAGAUGAUGGAGGGGGAAAUGGACUGGAUGACAUAGCGCCCUCGAGAUCUGGUGGAGAAGCGCUUGGCGAGCGACGGCUGCUGCCAUCCUUGGCCCAGAGACAGACUCCGCUCACCCAGCUGAAGUCUUGUCUAAAGAAGCCUGCAUCCGAGGAUGCAGGCAGCAACAUCGGCGUAGUAAAGGAGAGCCCUCGUGUAAAAUUCAUGUUGGGUGGUGAAGAGAAUGGUAGGGGUGAUCAGUCCAUAAACGGUACGUCUAGUGCAGAUGGAGCCCCUGUUGUUGCAUUGGAUCUUAAUAACAACAGUAAAAUGGUUCAUGUUCCUCCACUUUUUCCUACUCCCUCUCUUCCUUUGCCGAGAGAAACACCCCAAAAUCCCCUUCUACUCAACCAAGUAGCAGAAAUCAAAAGCCCCGUAGACAUCUCACAUCAGCUUCUAAGCUUGCUGUUAAAAUGCAAUGACAUCGUUAGCAAUGUCAAGUGCACGUUAGGUUACGUGCCAUACCACCCUCUCUGAAGCAAGAACCGGCCGGCGAAGUGUGUGUGAUGAUGAUGUUCCUAUGGAGCCAAUGUUUCUCAGGUGGCUUGUGAUGCGGCCGCGAUAUAAAGCAGUGGUUGUGAAGUACUUACCUACAUCGGUGGGGCUGGCUGUGCAAGCGGAUGUUUGUGGUGGAAGCCCCCGGCCCCGUGGCCAGGCAUCGUCGUGGUCGUUGUUCAUUAUGGUUAUUGGAAUCAAGAGGCCUUCAAAGUCGCACAUGCUUUCUCAUCACUGUUUAUGAGGAUCUUUGUAUCCUUCAGUGGAGCGCUACAUGUACAAUUUAUAAUCAAUGAUCUCUCUCUCUCUCUC